CCCCAUGAGUUUGACGAGUGUCGUUUUGACAUCAGUGUGAACGACAGUGUGUGGUACCUACGGGCAGAGGAUCCAGAGCACCGGCACCAAUGGAUCGACUCCAUUGAACUACACAAGGUAAGACUGAAGGAUCUCUCUCUCUCUCUAACUCUCACUCUCUCUCACUCACACAGUAGUGAGAUAUACUAGAGAUAUUCCCCUUGGCAUGUGCUGGGGCAAUUUACAUUUCUUCUCUAAUACUUUCAGAUCUACACAGUAAUUGCACCAGCCUAGUGGUUGAUUUGGAAUAGAACGAGAGGUAGCCUAGACUAGAGGUUGGAGAGGUAGCCGGAAGUUUGCUGGUUCAGGUCCCGGGCAAAGAAAUACAAACAAGUGAGAUAUAGUGGUGUAAGAAUAUUUGAAGAUAAAUACACAAUGCGGAGGACUAGUGGUCAAUAGAGGACUAGUGGUCAAUAGAGGACUAUAGAUCAAUAGGGAAUUAACAAUCAAUGGAAAUAGUUGUUUUUCAGUUCAACAUAUGUUUAGAAUCUGUGUAUGGGGUUUCAGUCCAGGAUUCAUAUCUACAUGUGGCAAGUUCUCAUUGGUGGAAAUUGUCUAUACAUUGAGCCUGAAACAAGAUACUUGGGGUUUGGCCAUUGGCCCAAUUUUAUUGCAUGGAAUUCUAAUUGGUCAGCCACAUGCUAGGCUUGAGGCUAUAAACUACAUCCUGUCUCUUUGUUCAGUGGAGAAACACUGAGGACAGGGAAGAAUGAACAUCUGCCAUCUAUUUUCUAUGAUUUGUUCUCUUUGAAUAAAUAUAUUUUUCUCCCCCUGAUUUGCUUUGGGGUCUGUGUUAUUGAAGAAUAACAUCAACUGCUAACAGUGGCAACCGGACGCCUGCUGUUUUCAGAUCCCAUAUUUACAGUAGGCUACCAUUCCCAGGAGUUGACAUGUAGCAACAUGACUGUUCCUGAGUGGAACUGGUCGACUGGUUGGUGACAGUUGAAAGUGGGACAAACAGGAAAAACCUGCGGUGUGUGUUAGGGCCAGGAUGAUACCACAGAUAGAACAAUGAGACAGAUAUUUCAUUGGAUGUAUAAAUGUGAAGCAUCCGCUUGGCGUUUCCACUCACUACCAAUAUGGUAGUGAGAGGAAGCCCAGUGGCCGGCAGUAGGAGAAUAUGGAGCGAGAUGGAUUUUGGCCGACAUUCUGCAAAUUUUCUCAUCAAUUAAACAUUUGAUCUCAAUACAGUUUUCUGUUCCCAACACUAGCAUCUGUUACGAACAGUGGACUAAGUUUUGUAGACUUUACCCUUUGCCAAAGUUAGAAAAAAUUGUGUUGUUUUGGGAACACUAACCACUGAGUAUACCAAACAUUAGGAACACCUGAGUUGCACCCCCCCCCCCCCCCCUUUUGCCCUCAGAACAGCUUCAAUACUAAUACACAAUCCAUGUCUUAAGGCUUAAAAAUUAUUUGACCUGUCUCCUCCCCUUCAUCUACACUGGUUUGAAGUGGAUUUAAGAAGUGACCUCAAAAAAGGAUCAUAGCUUUCACCUGGUCAGUCUAUGUCAUGGAAAUGUUCUUAAUGUUUUGUAUACUCUGUGUAUUUAUUAUUAUAAUAAUAAUAAUAAUAAUAAUAAUAAUAAUAAUAAUAAUAUGCCAUUUAGCAGACGCUUAUAUCCAAAGCGACUUACAGUCAUGUGUGCAUACAUACAUAUUUCUGGCAGUAUGCAGCAUUACUAGUUACUGUUGAUGACAAUCUGACUAAUUUGCUGUAGGCCAUUUCAAUAAAUAAGAAAGCAAGAGAGGAAUGUAGGUUAGACAGAAUUCCACCAGAGCAGCACAACAUGUCCAGUCAGACUCUCUCUCUUUCUCCGUCUGUCUAUCUCUGUGUAUAGCCUUCACGUGGAGCGUGUUGUUUUUGUCUGCCAAUCAGAGGUGACAGAGCGGCACUACAGUCAAUAAGAAGCACUGUGUAGCAAGUGAAGUGAGAGCUAAUGCAAGUUGAGAUUACACUGGCUGAAGCACGAGAGGCACAUCUCUGGUCCCUCUCCCUUGCAUCCUGUGGGUGCGAGACACAGACACGCACAAGCCUGUUCCAUACUGAAGCUGAAAGGAAUAUUAGAAAAUAUUUUGCUCCACAUACAGUGGGGGAAAAAAAGUAUUUAGUCAGCCACCAAUUGUGCAAGUUCUCCCACUUAAAAAGAUGAGAGAGGCCUGUAAUUUUCAUCAUAGGUACACGUCAACUAUGACAGACAAAUUGAGAUUUUUUUCCAGAAAAUCACAUUGUAGGAUUUUUAAUGAAUUUAUUUGCAAAUUAUGGUGGAAAAUAAGUAUUUGGUCACCUACAAACAAGCAAGAUUUCUGGCCCUCACAGACCUGUAACUUCUUCUUUAAGAGGCUCCUCUGUCCUCCACUCGUUACCUGUAUUAAUGGCACCUGUUUGAACUUGUUAUCAGUAUAAAAGACACCUGUCCACAACCUCAGUCAGUCACACUCCAAACUCCACUAUGGCCAAGACCAAAGAGCUGUCAAAGGACACCAGAAACAAAAUUGUAGACCUGCACCAGGCUGGGAAGACUGAAUCUGCAAUAGGUAAGCAGCUUGGUUUGAAGAAAUCAACUGUGGGAGCAAUUAUUAGGAAAUGGAAGACAUACAAGACCACUGAUAAUCUCCCUCGAUCUGGGGCUCCACGCAAGAUCUCACCCCGUGAGAUCAAAAUGAUCACAAGAACGGUGAGCAAAAAUCCCAGAACCACACGGGGGGACCUAGUGAAUGACCUGCAGAGAGCUGGGACCAAAGUAACAAAGCCUACCAUCAGUAACACUCUACGCCGCCAGGGACUCAAAUCCUGCAGUGCCAGACGUGUCCCCUUGCUUAAGCCAGUACAUGUCCAGGCCCGUCUGAAGUUUGCUAGAGUGCAUUUGGAUGAUCCAGAAGAGGAUUGGGAGUAUGUCAUAUGGUCAGAUGAAACCAAAAUAGAACUUUUUGUGAAAAACUCAACUCGUCGUGUUUGGAGGACAAAGAAUGCCGAGUUGCAUCCAAAGAACAUCUCAUGAACACCAUACCUACUGUGAAGCAUGGGGGUGGAAACAUCAUGCUUUGGGGCUGUUUUUCUGCAAAGGGACCAGGACGACUGAUCCGUGUAAAGGAAAGAAUGAAUGGGGCCAUGUAUCGUGAGAUUUUGAGUGAAAACCUCCCAUCAGCAAGGGCAUUGAAGAUGAAACGUGGCUGGGUCUUUCAGCAUGACAAUGAUCCCAAACACACCGCCCGGGCAACGAAGGAGUGGCUUCAUAAGAAGCAUUUCAAGGUCCUGGAGUGGCCUAGCCAGUCUCCAGAUCUCAACCCCAUAGAAAAUCUUUGGAGGGAGUUGAAAGUCUGUGUUGCCCAGCGACAGCCCCAAAACAUCACUGCUCUAGAGGAGAUCUGCAUGGAGGAAUGGGCCAAAAUACCAGCAACAGUGUGUGAAAACCUUGUGAAGACUUACAGAAAAAGUUUGACCUGUGUCAUUGCCAACAAAGGGUAUAUAACAAAGUAUUGAGAAACUUUUGUUAUUGACCAAAUACUUAUUUUCCACCAUAAUUUGCAAAUAAAUUCAUUUAAAAAUCCUACAAUGUGAUUUUCUGGAGAAAAAAAAUCUCAUUUUGUCUGUCAUAGUUGACGUGUACCUAUGAUGAAAAUUACAGGCCUCUCUCAUCUUUUUAAGUGGGAGAACUUGCACAAUUGGUGGCUGACUAAAUACUUUUCCCCCCCCCACUGUAGCUUCUCUUCCCAGGCUUUCAACAACAUCUUCGGUCAUGAUUAUAGUCCAACUGUGGUUAUAGCUGAGUUUUUAUUGUAUUUUUUUGUUAAAACAAUAAUUGGUUUGCCAAUAGGGGGCGAUUACAUCGUAUAUCACAAUGUUUUAUGAGUACAUAAUCACGAUAGGAAAAAAUUUGACAUCGCCAUACCCUAGCAAUACAAUGCACCGGACUAAGCCUCCUAUAGGCCUCCAAACCUAUUGGGUCACAGCCUGGCAUCGUCAGUGUUCCUGGUCCCCCUUCAAUAGUUCCUCAUGUCCCCAAUGGACUAAAAACAAUCCUUCUGCUUUCCUGUAGUAGGCCUAUUUCUCUCUGUAAACAUAAUGUUUCUUUGGGUUUGAUUCUCUAUUUCUCUGGCUGGGGGAAUUAUGUGUUUCUCACUCUUACUCUGGAGACUGGUCGAACACAGUGUUUCUCAACUACAGUUGUCGAGUACACCCAACUACAGUUGUCGAGUACACCCAACUACAGUUGUCGAGUACACCCAACAGCACACCAUUUUUGUUGUAGCCCAGGAACAAACACAUCUGAUUCAACUUGUCAAGGGCUUGAUGAUUAGUUAAAAAGUAGAAUCGGGUGUGCUUUUCCGGGGCCACAACAAAAAAUAUGUACUGUUGGGUGUGGGCGAAGACCAGAGUUGAGAAACACUGGUCUAAUGUGUUAUCCCCCCACCCCUCCAGGCGGAGUCAGGAUAUGGUUCAGAGUCCAGUCUGAGGCGUCAUGGCUCCAUGCUGUCUCUCACCUCUGCUGCCAGUGGCUUUUCUGCCACCUCGACCUCCUCCAAGGUAAACCACCACAACACUCACAACAACUCACCAAUCUGUUGUCUGGGGGCAAUUCCAUGGAAAGGCAACCUGAGCAUGCCCAAAUAAAGUUAGUCAUUUCCAAAUGAAACCACAUUUAUAAUUAUCCUUAAGGUCUUCAUGUUGGAGUACAGGCUUUAUUUGAAAAGUUUAAGUAGGAAAUUGCAUGAAUUUUGACCAUUUCUAAGAGUAGCAGGCCAAGUCUCAAAGGCUUUUCGGUCAAUCAUAUUUCAUGGCUUUUUGAAAGAGCUCACAGAGCUUGUUUCUCCACUCACAGCUGUCCCCCAGUGUUAGUUAUGAAGAUGUGAUGUUAAUGAGGACACUUCAAUUUGGUCUGUAUUGCUUAAGUUUUAUUUAUGUUUUCUACAGUCUUGUAAAGAUAGCCUGUCCCAGUCACAUCCAUAAUGUUUUUUAGGAAAAGUUUUUGUAAAACAUGCACCUUACAUCGGUCACAGCCUGUAAAGCUAACUUUUAUCAAGGUUUUAUAUGGUCUAUAAUUGGUUGCUUUCUUUUCAUUGCCCAUAUCCUUUUUCAGCGUUAUGAUAUCUGUAACAUCCAUUUUAGUAAUUUAGCAGACGCUCUUAUCCAGAGCGACUUACAGGAGCAAUUAGGGUUAAGUCCCUUGCUCAAGGGCACAUCAACAGAUGUUUCACCUAGUCGGCUCGGGGAUUCGAACCAGCGACCUUUCGGUUACUGGCUCAGCGCUCUUAACCGCUAGGCUACCUGCCGCCUCACAUCCAAAUCAAAUCUAAUUUUAUUUGUCACAUACACGUGUUUAGCAGAAGUUUUUUGCGGGUGUAGCGAAAUGUGAUGGAUAUUGAUGUAUCAUAUCUUAGCUAUCUUGUGUGGUUGUUCUGAGAUGUAUUCUUCAGACUUUUAAAUUAUAUGUUCUUCUAGCUAAUAUUAUCUUGGAAAAUAUGUGCUGAAAUGCAUUUCUCAUACAUGGCAGUAAUGUUUUAAAGGAUGGAAAGAUGAGAAGUGUGCUUAUCAACAAUCUGUGAAUAGUCCUGGAGUGUAUUUUUCAAAUGAAAGCCCCCCCCAAAAAAAAUAUACCAACUUAUUCCAGUGUCCAGAAAAGUGGAUUGGGAGUAUAGGCACAUGUAUAUUGUUUCAUUUGCAUAUUUUGUUACAAUAUUUCAGAAAUGUGUCAAUCUUAUUUGUCUCCACAUUCAACUGGUAAAGGUACAUUUUAUUUAUAUAUACAUACAUACAGUACCAGUCAAAAGUUUGGACACCUACUCAUUCAAGGGUUUUUCUUUAUUUUUACUAUAUUCUACAAUGUAGAAUAAUAGUAAAGACCUCAAAACUAUGAAAUAACACAUGGAAUCAUGUAGUAACCAAAAAAGUGUUAAAUAAAUCAAAAUAUAGUUUAGAUUCUUCAAAGUAGCCACACUUUGCCUUGAUGACAGCUUUGCACACUCUUGGCAUUCUCUCAACCAGCUUCAUGAGGUAGUCACCUGGAAUGCUUUUCCAACAGUCUUGAAGUCCCCACAUAUGCUGAGCACUUGUUGGCUGCUUUUCCUUCACUCUGCAGUCCAACUCAUCCCAAAGCAUCUCAAUUGGGUUGAGGUCGGGGGAUCUGAUGCAGCACUCCAUCACUCUCCUUGUUGGUCAUAUAGCCCUUACACAGCCUGGAGGUGUGUGUUGGGUCAUUGUCCUGUUGAAAAACAAAUUAUAGUCCCACUAAGUGCAAACCAGAGGGGAUGGUGUAUCGCUGCAGAAUGCUGUGGUAGUCAUGCUGGUUAAGUGUGCACUGAAUUCUAAAUAAAUCACAGACAGUGUCACCAGCAAAGCACCAUUACACCUCCUCCAUGCUUCACGGUGGGAACCACACAUGCGGAGAUCAUCCGUUCACCUAUUCUGCGUCUCACAAAGACACGGCGGUUGGAACCAAAAAUCUCAAAUUGGGACUCAUCAGACCAAAAUACAGAUAUCCACCGGUCUAAUGUCCAUUGCUCGUGUUUCUUGGCCCAAGCAAGUCUCUUCUUCUUAUUGGUGUCCUUUAGUAGUGGUUUCUUUGCAGCAAAAUCGACCAUGAAGGCUUGAUUCACGCAGUCUCCUCUGAAUAGUUGAUGUUGAGAUGUGUCUGUUACUUGAACUCUGUGAAGCAUUUAUUUGGGCUGCAAUCUGAGGUGCAGUUAACUCUAAUGAACUUAUCCACUGCAGCAGAGGUAACUCUGGGUCUUCCUUUCCUGUGGUGGUCCUGUGCCAGUUUCAUCAUAGCGCUUGAUGGUUUUUGCGUCUGCACUUGAAGAAACGUUCAAAGUUCUUGAAAUGUUCCGUAUUGACUGUCCUUCAUGUCUUAAAGUAUUGAUGGACUGUCGUUUCUCUUUGCUUAUUUGAGCUGUUCUUGCCAUAAUAUGGACUUGGUCUUUUACCAAAUAUGUGUAUUUUCUGUAUACCACCCCUACCUUGUCACAACACAACUGAUUGGCUCAAAUGCAUUAAGAAGGAAAGAAAUUCCACAAAUUAUAUUUUAACAAGGCACACCUGUUAAUUGAAAUGCAUUCCAGGUGACUACCUCAUGAAGCUGGUUGAGAGAAUGCCAAGAGUGUGCAAAGCUGUCAUCAAGGCAAAGGGUGGCUAUUUUGAAGAAUCUCAAAUAUAAAAUAUAUUUUAAUUUAACACUUUUUUGGUUACUACAUGAUUCCAUAUCUGUUAUUACAUAGUUUUGAUGUCUUAACUAUUAUUCUACAAUGUAGAAAAUAGUAAAAAAUAAAGAAAAACCCUUGAAUGAGUAGGUGUUUGAUACUGUAUAUGUAUCUACACUACCAGCCAAAAGUUUGGACACCUACUCAUUCAAGGGUUUUUCUUUACUUUGAUUUUUACUAUAUUUUUAUUACAGAAAUAAAUAGAAUGUUAGAGUGUAGUAACUGGCCUUGUAUACUAUUCAGGCUACCUGUAAUUAUGCAAUCCUAAAGUACCUUGCUUUCUGCUGCCCUUUUUUUUUUUUUUUUACAUUCCAAAUGACAACAUGUUAUGAUAGAUUUUGAUCACGAAGUCUUUAAGAUUUGAAUGUUUAUUUCAAAUUCUGUAACAUACAUAGCCGUCGUUUGUCCUCUCUAAAGUAAUCAUGGAAAUGAUCAAAAAUGACGUUUUUAUUCAGCCAAGCCUUUCCUUCGAAAUGGCUAUCCAUGUUUUGACCUAAGACUCACAAACUCACUGUAACAUCCAUAACGCUUCUUAUUUGCUUUAUUUCUCCAACAUGCCAGAAGUCCGCUUUCUUGGGUAUACACUCCCCCCAAGCAGAGUUUGUCCAUUCUAUGAGACAUUUUAAAUUGUGCUUUUGCAUAUGCUGGAAUCGCUCCUGGACAUUACAGCCCCUGGAAAGAUGUAGCUAGGUAUUUUGCAUAAUUAAUUAAUUACCAAGGGCCUAAUCUUAACUUGGUGGAGACGUCCCGUUGAUUCCCAAUGCAUGAUUGUUUAAUUAUGUUAUUUAAUAAUAUAAUAUAAUAUAAUAUGCCAUUUAGCAGACGCUUUUAUCCAAAGCGACUUACAGUCAUGCGUGCAUACAUUUUUGUGUAUGGGUGGUCCCGGGGAUCGAACCCACUACCUUGGCGUUACAAGCGCCGUGCUCUACCAGCUGAGCUACAGAGGACUAUUUAACAGUGAACCCGUGUGUUUGUGUGUGUUGUUGGACCUGAAGGGCCACAGCCUGCCGGAGAAGCUGGCGGAGAUGGAGACGUUCAGAGACAUCCUCUGCAGACAGGUGGACACGCUGCAGAAGUACUUUGAUGGCUGCGCAGACGGCAUCUCCAAGGAUGAGUUCCAGAGAGACAGAGGUAGACCUACUGUAGCUGUUUAACAUGGAGGGAGAGGGACUGUGGACCCCAGGAAGAGUAGCUGCUGCUUCUGCAAAAGCUAAUGGGGAUCAAAAUAAACAAAUAAGCUAACAUGGAGGGAGAGGGACAGUCAGACAGAGGUACUGAAGCAUACCUGGGAGGCUUUCUGUGGGUUUUAAAGUUCCAUAUUGAACUGGCCAUGUAAAUUGUAAUAACCACACCUGCCACAGAACAUGGAAUGGCAACCCAUGUAGAUCAAUGAUGGAGUCUUGUCUCCUUUCCAGUGGUGGAGGAGGAUGAAGACGACUUUCCCACGAGCACACGGCCCGAUGGCGACUGCCUUUACAACAACAACGGCAGCAAAGAGAAGCGUGAGGAUCAGUGUGUAAAUUCACACUUAUACUACUACUAAAUUACUACUCGUAGCAGUAUGAGUGCUUGUGUCCUUGAGCAAGGCACUUGACCCCUGAAAUAGCUCCAGGGGCGCUGCACUGUAGAUAACACUGCGAUCCUCACAAAUGUGUGUUUGUGUUGAAUAUGUGUGUGUUGUGGAAGCAGAUCAGAAAACAAAUAUCAGUUUCAUCACCCCUAAAGCACAGUUAUGUGCAGAAUGGUGACAUUGGAACCUUUUCAUCUAACAGUGUGUGUCUCUCUCUCCCAGUGUUUCCCCCUGCCAAUCCUAAGGGCAUGAACGGGAUUGACUUUAAGGGCGAGGCCAUCACGUUUAAGGCCACUACAGCUGGAAUCCUGUCCACCCUCUCCCACUGCAUCGAACUCAUGGUGAAGAGAGAGGACAGCUGGCAGAAGAGAAUUGACAAGGUACGUCACAGCCCACUUCUGCCACAGCCAAUCACAAGUCUUCUUUAGCAGAGGUCACUGGGGCCUUGGAAGCUCCCAACGGGGUCAUUCAACCCCUCACCUGUCUCAUGGAAACAAUUCCCCAGUCAGGUUGUUGUUGCAGAAGAGUAUGCAUUCUCAUUUUUAAUCACCAUGGCUGGUAAAAUAGAAGUGGACUGGUGUGUUUAUGGUUUAAGCCAGUGAGAGGAGACAGUACACAAGUCCCGGUUCAGCAGAGGCAUUGUCUAACCUGAGGUGGCAGAUCCAGUCUAUUGUGUGUGGUCUCUCAAAUGGUUAUAUCAAGAGCCUUUUCUUUGUGUAAUUGGAGGUGAUUGGUGGAUCUGAUCACCUCAAUGCCCCACCCUGCCUUGAUUGGCUUAGUUUCGUUAUGCCUGACAGUUGUGUGUUUGGAAAGAAUCUCCCUCAAUCAGUAAGUCCCACUGUUGUGCAAUAGGCAUGUAAAACAUUUAGAAACAUUCAACUCUUCAAGGAAGAUAAUGGUGAAUUUGCAUUCUAUUAGAACUAUUAGAACAUGGCCAGAUUGACAUUUUGUAUGAAAGCACUUUGUAAUGAAGGCACUUGUUAAACACUUUUCAAGACACUCCUGCUUUUUGAAGGUAGAGGAUUCUUUUCAUUUUCAUCACGUGAAAUAAAUCACACUUCAACUGCAUUUCCGUAAAGUCACAUUUUAAUGGUUUAAUUGUUUGAAUGGUUUAGUGGUUAUUUGAGCGGAUUGAAUUGAGAAUUUCCAUUGUAGAUACUGCAGUCUGUAGGCAUUCACCCCCAUACCUUGCUUUAGACACAUGACAAAGCUCUGCAUCCUUACCCUGCUCAGCUGUUGAAAACCAGUUCUUCCAUUUUUUCCCAAGGCAAAUUGCCCAACCCAAAAAAGGGAGGUAGGAAUAGCCUCCAGUUGGUUUCGACAACCUGAUUGACACUAGCGUGGCUGGGUGUGUGUGUCUUGAGGGUAGCCUAUGUUGAUCAGGGAGAGAGCGUCACAGGACAGGACACGCACUCCAAGCCACAAACUGGAGUAAGUAGUAGGAUGACUGCUCUGACAUUGUGGUACCGUCUGUCUUUCUGGAAGCCCUCGCUACAUGGGAGGGCCGACAUACUGAAAUACGACAGCCAGAGAUGGAUCCCACUACAGCCACUUCUUUACAGUACGUAUUAUAGUAUAGGCAUUGGUUGAAGCAAAUCAACUUGGAGGUACACAACACACUCCCAGCCUCUUGUUAUGAGCCGUCCGGCAGUUACCGAGAACCACAUACCGGAUUUUUUUAACAGGCUCGUUAGCAAUUGAGCUUUAAGAGUAUUUUCUGCGCCUACCUAGCUUAAAUUCUAGCAGUCGGAUUAAAACGAGACUAUAGCGUCCAUAAUGUGACCAUUUGAUUUAAAACAUUGCGGAUUGACUACGUUUGAAGGUGCAACAGUUUUAAUUUAAUUUAUUUAUAGCUCUCACGUGCUCAUUUCUGUCCCUUAAGAACCAACGAUGUGCUACCUUUUUGUAGCAUUUUUGACAAUACUAACAAUGCUAAAACCGGGACCAACAACUCUGUUGCUGCGCAACAGCAGCAGCUAGCUAGUAACAUGCUAGCAGCUGUAGCUAGCUCGCUAACACCAGGCAGAUGAGAAGCAAGCUACAAGCCAAGGAACUGAAGUUAGUUAGAUUGGUAUAUUUAACUAUGGAGGGUUUUUCAUAUGGCUGAAGAGCACAAACAUUCUUGGCUGCUAUUAAAGCCAAUUAGCUACAAGCCAACGAGACUGUACCAAUGUUGACAAUAUAUCCUAACUAGCUAGCUACAUUCUUCCAUAAAGCUUAGCUAGCUAAGUGCAUAGUCAACACCGAACUUUGGGAAACUGCCGUUCUGCUAACUUAUAAUACAUGCAAUGGUCAUUGCUCAUCUAGUUACUCUGGCAUGAUACAGUCAAACUGGCUAAAUAGUUACUUGUGCAGCCAGAUGUCAGUUUCAGCACAAACACUGCUAGCUAGCCUACAUUUCCUCAACCAAGAUCAGCCUCUCACAACACAAACUGUAGCUGAUAAAACAAAUUGUUUUGCUAAGAAACAUUUGGCUAUGUUGAAUCUAAAUCCGGCCAAUGCAAAUGCAAGUAGUGUACACAUGUUAGCUAGCUAAUUAGCUAGAUCAACACACAAGACAGACACGUUACUGUUCGAGUAUCCAGAUCAAAUUCCAGCCCUUAACAUAUGAUGCUUUAAUUCAGUACACCCUCCUCUGUCAAUGCAAUGUUCUUCAUGCCAUUUUAAUCCAAAUUUGCGCUGACUGAUCAACAGUGUCAAGUUAGUUUAGUGUGUUCCCAGAAAUCUGAACCCAGUAAGCAAAAUUAUGUUUAAAAUAUGUUUUUUCCGGGCCUUUGAAGUUGGGUUAAAAUCUAAGCCAAACAUAGACGUCCAUGUUUGGUUUAGAAUUUACGCAGCGGGUUAGGAGAAUUAACGUAGCCGGUUAGGAGAAUUAGGUUAAAAGGGUUAGGGUUAGCGAAAAUGCUCUCCUGACCUGCUACGAAAAGUCUUAGGGAAAUCAAGGUUGGUCCGGACCGCACCAAAAAAAAGACAUCCAAAAUAUGUUGGUGUAGGUCCCUUUAGUGGGUAGUAGCCAUCAACAAGUACAAAACUGGAGGGGGUCUGGGGGGGACUCCCCUGGAUUUAUUAUUUUAUUUAUUUCCCAAUGCUCACUCAGCCAACUUGUUCAGUACUUUGAGAGUCACUUACAGGAACUGGUAUGUGCUUAAUGUAAAGCAGCUGUUGAUAUUCACUCCCCUCUUUUAAAGCAAGUAUCCAUAUGUUUUGCUUAAAUGCAAAUAACCAUUUCUAUGAAGUGGGGCCCAGUUUUCCAAAAGCGAUGGAACAUGUCUCUGCGAUGGCUGCUUCGUACACACCACAGUGGAUUGGAAUACGCUCUAAAUGGAAACCAGAACUAACUGCUCAACUUCAGUUUUCUCCUUCCCUCCUUUUUUCUAGUCAUUAUUUAGACUUGUAUUUGGAUCAUUGCAAUUUCCACUACGUUGUAGUUGUUUGAUAAUAGGGUUUAUUCACUAGUUUGACAGAUCUGUUAGUUGGCAUUUCAGUUAGUUUCGAGGUGGAGAUGAUCCUAAUCCAAAGGUGUACAGUCUUUCUAUCCUUAGUCAGUACAAUUGUAAUGGACCUGUGAUAGAGAUGUAGGCAGCAACACCAUUCAGUAGUGUCUAGUAAAAGUUUGUUUUUAAUCCUGUGUGACAUUUAAUCUGCUUCAUGUUGUUAUUGGAAUUCUGUGUAUUUUAGAAGUAGGUGUGCCUACUGUUGCAUUUAGUGUUUGUUGUGGAUUUCAUUGUGCGAAGCGGCACUUCGUCUUCUUUGUACUUUUGUGACAGCCCUCAGGCCAGUCAGCCAGGUUUAGUGCACCUAAGUGGGGCACCAUGAGCAAUGACGCACCUCCCUCCUGCUACUGCAAGACAAGUUCUAGUCUUAGAGGUUGCCAGACAAAGGCCAGCCUCAUUUGUCUUGGGGGCAUGAGAAUAGAGUUUAAACCAUUUUGAGCAGAGUGGCCUAGCGUCCUGUUCGCCCCGUCCCUCGGACGCUUAUUCACGUUUUCUAAACAUUUUGUGCAUUUACUACGCAAAAACCUGUCACUGAAAUUCACACUUCUACUCAAUACAACGCAUUGAAUUAACUUCACACUGUUCACUGUACAAUAGAAUACUGCAUAGAAUGGCUGAUUUGCUCAUAUUUGCAAAGGCCUACCUGUGAUUUGGCUGGAGGAAUGGGAGGGAGGAAUUUACUGUACAUGCAUAAUGAUCUGCAAGUCAUUGUGGCAGUAAGGGGAAAACACUGCAUGAAACCUUCUUUACUCUUCAGUUAACACACACGUUAGUGUUGAAUUCACGUUAGUUGACAACUUAACCAAAUGUAUAUCAAAACUAGAUGUUGAACUGACGUCUGUGCCCAAUGGGCUUUUCUUUCUAUCUGUGCCAAUCAAAAUUGCUUAGACCUACUGUCAAGUUAACUGGUUGUAAGCUAGCUAGGUAACGCGACUGAACAAGGUUGUUCGUGAUCAAACCAAUAAUUAGCGACCCAGGAUUAGUUUAAAACGGCCUGCGACAUGUUUUGUGAAAUUAUAUAAAAUGCGCUCGAGACAAUACAUUUUCUUUGCUGCAAGCAUGCCUGUCACGAAGCUGUGCUCCAUUUUCCCUCUGGCUCUCAGAGGUUGCAUGACAGCGACCUUGCAAAGUCUACUCAGACUGGCCUGUGCUCUUGGUUAUAACAGGCAAUGAAAUUAUACAAUGUAUCAACUUUGCUCGCUCUGCUCCAAUGUAACAAAUGUAUAAAAAAUAUAUAUUCUGUAUAUAGAUUAUUUUGGGGGGUACUUUUGACCCCUUUUUCUCCACAAUUUCGUGAUAUCCAAUUGGUAGUUAAUCUUGUCCCAUCGCCACAACUCCCGUACGGACUCGGAAGAGGUGAAGGUCGAGAGCCAUGCGUCCUCCGAAUCACAACCCUGCCAUGCCGCACUGCUUCUUGACACACUGUUCGCUUAACCCGGAAGCCAGCCGCACCAAUGUGUCGGAGGAAACACCGUACAACUGGCGACCGUGUCAGGGUGCAUGUGCCCGGACCGCCGCAGGAGUCUCUAGAGCGCGAUGGGACAAGGACAUCCCGGCCGGCCAAACCCUCCCCUAACCCGGACGAUGCUGGGCCAAUUGUGUGCCGCCUCAUGGGUCUCCCGGUCGCGGCCGGCUGCUACACAGCCCGGGAUCGAACCCGGAUCUGUAGUGACGCCUGAAGCACUGCGAUGCAGUUCCUUAGAACAAAUGUAUAAAUCUUAACAACAGAAGACCCAUCAGGGUCAGCAACCCCGGUCACCAUCAAGGCUACAUUAUAUUUAAAAACGGAUGGAGGAAUAGAUGCACAGGAAGAUCGGCCAGAGAGAAGCAGGUGAGUGAGGACUGAUAGGGGAUGCGGCUGGCUGAUUACAGCUGCCACACGUGAAAUGUACAUGAAAGUGAAGUGGAUAUUAUUGGACCGGUGCAUAUGAGACUAGUAGCUGUUGCUUAAAUUCAACAGAUGUAUUUUUAUUUUUAAGACUCAACACAACAGGCGCCAGAACUUUCUUUAGAUCGGCAUGGCCUAAGAAUUUGGUAGUAUAAUAUUCUAAAAAGUAUCAUGACGUUUUUGUACUGUCUUACCGUGUUACCAGUAUACCGUUGCAACACUAAUUGAGAGUUAGAUUUGAGUUGGCGAUUUAUCUUACCAGAAGCUUAUAGCCUCUUCGUGAACAAUAUUCCUUCCAGUUGACCAAUUGUGACUGUGUGUGUGUAUUCAGGAGCUGGAGAAGAGGAGAAGGGUGGAGGAUGCCUAUAAGUCGGCCUUGAGUGAACUGAAGAAGAAAUCUCACUAUGGAGGCCCCGACUACGAGGUAGGAAUUCCAAACCUUUGAAACUGCCAAAACUCUCCUGACACUUCCACCUGUAGUGAUGAUGAAUACUGGAACCAAUCCACAUGAGUUAUCACAGGUAUCUGACUUAGUAAUGACUAAGGAAGUGAGAAGAGACAAGAAUGCUAAAUAUUUAUUUCCACUUGAUUAUGAGUAUAGAUACUAUACUAUAAAAUUGACAUAUUACAGCUCAUGGCUAUGCCAUUGUAUUAGUCAUAGUGGGUAUAUACCAGUCAGAUUGCGGGGCAUUGAUUCCUGUUGCAUGACAUUGAUUUGGGUACAAGAUUCUACAUCCUGGAAGCAGUACAUCUGUCGUAAUUUGUUGUGCCUUCUCAUGAUAUUGUUUCAACAGGAGGGUCCUAACAGUCUCAUCAAUGAGGAUGAGUUCUUUGAUGCGGUGGAAGCUGCCCUGGACAGACAAGACAAGAUAGAGGAGCAGGUACGUUACUAUUUUAUUCUGUUCGCUAGUUCCCACCUGCCGGCAUUCUGUAUAGAUCUGAAACGUCUAUAUGGCCGAUUUUCCACCUUGCCUACCAGAGAGAAAACAUGUCCUUUCCUUUCAGAUCUAGAAUCUAGAUAUUGGACCUACAGGUGUGAUUGAAUUGGACCUACAGGUGUGAUCGAUUUGGGAUUAGACAACUGAGUGUAUUAUGAGAGCAUAUUCUGAGAGUAAUGUGAGUUGUCUGUGGUGUUAAUGUGUGGUUGUGUGUUCAUUCUCAGUGUCAGUCAGACAAGGUGAGGAUACCCAGACUUACCCCAGUCCCUCCUGGAGACACAUACUCCACCAUCGGAACCCACCGCUUCGCCAAACAGGUACACACACACAAACAUAGGGCUGUGACGAUUAUGGAAUUUGUGAUGAAAAAUUGUCAUGUACAGUGCAUUCGGAAAGUAUUCAGACCCCUUGACUUUUUCAACAUUUUGUUACGUUACAACCUUAUUCUAAAAUGGGUUAAAUUGUUUUCCCCCCUCAUCAAUUUACAUACAAUACCCCAUAAUGACAAAGCAAAAACAGGCUUUUAGAAAUGUUUGCAAAUGUAUAAAAAAAAAAAAUAUAUAUAUAUUACCAGACCCUUUACUCAGUACUUUGUUGAAGCACCUUUGGCAGUGAUUACAGCCUUCUGGGGAAACACUGUACAACUGGCGACCGUGUCAGCGUGCAUGUGUCCAGCCCGCCGCAGGAGUCGCUAGAGCGCGAUGGGACAAGGACAUCCCGGCCGGCCAAACCCUCCCCUAACCCAGAUGACGCUGGGCCAAUUGUGCGCCGCCUCAUGGGUCUCCCGGUCGCGGCCGGCUGCUACACAGCCUGGGAUCGACCCCGGAUCUGUAGUGAUGCCUGAAGCAAAAUAUUACAGACCCUUUACUCAGUACUUUGUUGAAGCACCUUUGGCAGUGAUUACAGCCUUCUUGGGUAUGACGCUACAAGCUUGGCACACCUGUAUUUGGGGAGUUUCUCCCUUCUCUGCAGUUCCGCUCAAGCUUUGUCAGGUUGGAUGGGCAGGAGUCACUUUUUCACACAGGGCCAUGUAGGUUUGGAUUUUGUUUUCCCUUAAUAAUAACAACCUUAAUUUCAAAACUGCAUUUUGUGUUUACUUGUGUUAUCUUUGACUAAUAUUUACAUUUGUUUGAUGAUCUGAAACAUUUAAGUGUGACAAACAUGCAAACAAAUAACAAAUCAGGAAGGGGCCAAACACUUUUUCACACCACUGUAUGUAAAUAAGGUAUUUCUGUUUUUUAUAUUUGCAAAAAUGUCAAAACAACUGUUUUCGCUUUGUCAUUAUGGGGUAUUGUGUGUAGAUUGCUGAGGAUUUUGAUUUAUCCAUUUUAGAAUAAGGCUGUAACGUAACAAAAUGUGGAAAAAGUCAAGGGGUCAGAAUAUUUUCGAAUGCACUGUACCCACGGUUAUUUUAAUAAUAGUCAUUUUUGUAGAUGUUUUUUUAUCUUCGAAAAUUACCUACGACAUACCUAAUGAAUACAACACAGUUUUUUGGUGACACCCCUGUCUUAAUAACGAAUGGUUUUGACCACUUGAAACUUUUGGAAAUGAAGCUUCUCCUCCUCAUACAAUGAUUAUCAACUUUACUCACUUCAUGUAAAAAUUACAGACUGCUAUUGGGUACACUUAUAUCUACUUAAAUACAAAGUUGAAUCCCCCCUUCUCCUGAAAUGAAUGUAUACUGAACAAAAAUAUAAACACAACAUGUAAAGUGUUGGUCCCAUGUUUCGUGACCUAAAAUAAAAGAUCCCAGAAAUGUUCCAUAUGCACAAAAAGCUUAUUUCUGUCAAAUGUAGUGCACAAAUUUGUUUAUAUCCCUGUUAGUGAGAAUUUCUCCUUUGCCAAUAUAAUCCAUCCACCAGACAGGUGUGGCAUAUCAAGAAGCUGAUUAAACAGCAUGAUCAUUACACAGGUGCUGGGGACAAUAAAAGGCCAUUUUAAAAUGUGCAGUUUUGUCACGCAACACAAUGCCACAGAUUUCUCAAGUUUUGAGGGAGCGUGCAAUUGGCAUGCUGACUGCAGGAAUGCUCGUCGUCCUCACCAGGGUCUUGACCUGACUGCAGUUCGGUGUCGUAACCGACUUCAGUGGACAAAUGCUCACCUUCGAUGGCCCCUGCACGCUGGAGAAGUGUGCUCUUCACGGAUUAAUCCUAGUUUCAACUGUACCGGGCAGAUGGCAGACAGUGUGUAUGGCGUCGUGUGAACAGUGUUCAUGGUGGCAUACUCACCAGACAUGUCACCCAUUGAGCAUGUUUGGGAUGAUCUGGAUCGACGUGUACGACAGCUAAAUAAUGAUUUAGUCUCUUUGAUUUGCGUAAUCCCUUUCAUGUAGUGAAGGGUGGCAUCCCUCUCUGCUCGUCUUUCAUGUGUGGUGGCAUGCCUGGUCUCAUUCCCUGGAUGUUUCUCUACUUUUCCCCUCUUUCACUCCUCACCUGUUUAUUUCUCUUUCUCUCCCCCUACCUCCCCUUUCCCCAUUCCUAUCUCACUCUUUCCCCCCCACACACUUUCUCCCCCUCUCCGCUUCCUCUGCUGCAUAGCCCCAUAGCUAUUCUUCCCUGUCCUCCGUUGCACUAGUCAGUGCCUCAGAUGAUGUUCACAGAUUCAGCGUGCAGGUACCGUAUGUGUUGAACAGAGCGCCACCUGCCUCCUGCGAAUGCACAUUACACUGCACUCUACUGGCUGAGACUGACUGCAUGUGAAUGACUAGGAAUUGUAAUACAUACAUUGAACUUGACUGUGUUUUACCGUCUUCCACACUGUCUUAUAUAACCUGUCCUUUAACCCAUUGUGUCUUUCCAUCUCUUUCUGAUGCACUUCAUGUGUGUUGCCUUCCCUCCCUCUGUCCAGAGCUGCCCUGAACGGAUCCAUUUUCAUCAACAUUCCUUUAGCAAAAUCAUUAGGAGUCGAAGUUAUCAAUGCACACAGUUAGGCAAGCUGAGCUACAAAGCAGCUUAGAUACAAUGAUUCAAUAAAACUAUGCAACAACAACAUUAUUUAACUAUAGACCUUUUUUUGAACGUAAACAAUAAACUAAUUUAGAACGCAUGACCCCACUAUACAUCCUGCUAGCUAGCUGCCCCGGAGACCUCAACAUGUCAAGUGCAUGUUACAAGAAGAAAAGUAAACAAAGUCUACGUAUAAAGAGGGAAAACAGGGUUACAUGUAGCUUAGUCAGUGUAUGGAGAAGUCAGAGGCGGAGCUAGCCAGCCAGACACUUCAGAGGACGUUGCUACUUGGCCUGGAUAGUGGCGAGAAGCAACGGGCCAUACAGGGGAGGGGUGCAGCUGACACUGUAGCCUAUAUGGUAGCCUCCUUGAAUGACCGGCAGAAACGGUGGGAGAACUUUUUUCAAAGGGUUGUAAAAAAACAAAACACAUUUGGCUUAUAAUUUCUGAAAUUUGAUAGGCUAUUUUAGUCAAAUAGGCCUUGCAGCUUCUCUUCAGUCAUAACUUGUUGCCCUAGAAGACAAAUACAUAAUUAUACAUUACAAGAAAAAAUGUAUUAAAUGAUAGCAUGAAUGCAUCAAUCAUCUAGCUGACAUCUGUAAAGCUUUCUCUUUCAAUGUUGCGCUUCUCGACGGGAUCGGAGAAAAUGCAAUAGCUCUAAACAGGGUAGCCUAAAUAUACUUCCCUUGCAAACAUUUUGAGAUUUAAAAGCAGUGAAACUAUAAUUCAAGUUUCUGAUAAUUCACUUAAUUGAUGCAUAUUCUACGUGGUUGAAAUACUGAGCUGUUAUGUAAAGGGUCAAUCCCUGAAUAAGACACCCAUAUUUGCAUUUGUUCGAGAUACUGAAAGAAAUAAAGCUUACUAUAUUGCUCCACUCCUUUUCCCGAGACAAAAACAUUUGGUGCGUCAGGAGUUAAUUUCACAUUAGGCUACAUGUGAGAUGUUAUAGGCCAGUCAGUGUCCAGAUUUCAGUUAGUAUUCCAUUUAACCUAUCUCAAGUUCAAAAUGAUCAUUUCAGCUCUCUCAUUUUGGUUCUCUCAUUUGUUGGCAAAGUAAACAUGUUAUAAUGCGAUUUCUUAGUGUCUCACAAUCUUUCACAAUAAACAAGUCAUUCACAAUAAUACUCAAAGUAGGCAUAGUAAUAGACAGUCUUGCACAGUGUCAAAUAUUUAAGUAGGCAUAGUAAUAAAGUCAAAGUUUAUUUGUUGUGAACAUACAGGAUAGUUUACAUAGCACAAUUAAAUAGUAGCCAUACAUACAUACUGUACAUUAAUGGCAGUGUAGUACAAUACAAGGAAUACUUGUAUAAUUGAGACUCCUGUAAGUCGCUCUGGAUAAGAGCGUCUGCUAAAUGACUAAAAUGUAAAUGUAACAACAGCGGUAUCAAUCAAAUGUAUUUAUGAAGCCCUUUUUACAUCAGCAGAUGUCACAAAGUGCUAUACAGAAACUCAGCCUAAAACCCCAAACAGCAAGCAAUGCAGAUGUAGAAGCACGGGGGCUAGGAAAAACUCCCUAGAAAGGCAGGAACCUAGGAAGAAACCUAGAGAGGAACCAGGCUCUGAGGGAUGGCCAGUCCUCUUCUGGCUGUGCCGGGUGGAGAUUAUAAGAGUACAUGGCCAUUUAAGGCCAGAUUGUUCUUCAAGAUGAUCAAACCUUCAUAGAUGACCAGCAGGGUCAAAUUAUAAUCACAGUGGUUGUAGAGGGUGCAACAGGUCAGUACCUCCGGAGUAAAUGUCAAUUGGCUUUUCAUAGCCGAGUAUUCAGAGGUCGAGACAGCAGGUGCGGUAGAGAGAGCGAGCGAGAGUCGAAAACAGCAGGUCCAGGACAAAGUAGCACGUCUGUUGAACAGGUCAGGGUUCCCUAGCCGCAGGCAGAACAGUUGAAACUGGAGCAGCAGCACGACCAGGUGGACUGGGAUCAGCCAGGAGUCAUCAGGCCAGGUAGUCCUGAUCCUAGGGCUCAGGUCCUCCGGGAAGGAGAGGGGGAGAGAAUUAGAGGGCGCAUACUUAAAUUCACACAGGACACUAGAUAAGACAGGAGAAAUACAAGAUAUAACAGACUGACCCUAGCCCCCCGGCACAUAGACUAUUGCAGCAUAGAUACUGAGAUGGGUGGGUCGGGGGACACUGUGGCCCCGUCCGACGAUACCCCCGCACAGGGCCAACCAGGCAGGAUAUAACCCCACCCACUUUGCCAAAGCACAGCCCCCACACCACUAGAGGGAUAUCAACAGACCACCAAUUUUUGGACUAGAACCUGGAGGAAAUAUAUACUUUAUUGUCCAUUGCUUAGAACAGAAAUGUGCCUUCUGCUUUUCCCAACACCCUGCAGUGCAGCACCCCUGGGUGGAGAGCAAUUGUGGGGGUUUAAGUGCCUUGCUCAAGGGCACAAUGGCAGGAGAUGGUACAUGGGAGCCUUCCAGCUGCCAGUUCAUUUUUGUGUCGUCCUGGGCUUGAACCAUUGUAGUCAUGGCACCACACUCAUUCAUUGCUCCUGUAGUAGCCUAGCCCUAGAGCAGUGUUUCCUGGUCCUAGGGACCCAAUGCACAUUUUUGGUUUUGCCUUAGCACUAGCCAUCUGAUUCAAAUCAUCAAAGCUUGAUACGUUGAUCAUUUGAAUCAGCUGUGUAGUGUUAGGACAAAAUAACACAGUUUGGAGAGGCAAACCAGCAGCUGCAAGGUUGCUGGUAUAAGUCCUGGGCCAGGCAACGCAAAAAUGGAACUGAACUGGCAGCUGGAAUGCUGCUGGUCAUUGAUCCUGUGCACCAUCAUCUGCCAUUAUGCACUUGAAAGGCACCUAACCCCCCACAAUUUCACUCCAUCCAGGGACUCUGCACUGCUGCUGACCCUGUGUCAACUUCUGUGUAUUUGUUGGUGUUGGGAAAGGGAGAAGACACAUUUUCCAUUCUAACUACUGGAUUAUAAAGUUGUAUUAAAUUAUUCUUUAUCCAGCAUAUUGUCCAUCUAGAAAAGGUUAGACAGCCCUGACAACACAAGCUGGCUCCCCAUGCAGUCCACUCCAGGAAAAAUAUGUCUACCAUAGAGCAUUAUUGUCUGAAAACACAUUAGAUUCCUCUGCACAGGCAUUUGUUUAAAUAUCAGCACAAUGUUGAUGGGACACAUUUCACUUUGAUUAUAACCCACAGACCCCCAAGAUGAAUAUGACUUGUUAGAUAGUGCUGCCUAGGCUAAUGAAUUGUCCAAAGCCAAAUCGUCCCAAGUUACUCCUCCUCAUCAAUAUUAAACAAAAACAAAUACUGGACAUAUGUAUGCCUCUUUCAUUUGAUUUUAGAAGAAGCAAACCACUUAGCUAGAUAGCUAACUAGCAACUACAUUUGCAAACCAAAUGCACAACUGCAGAGCAUUUAGCACAUUUUAGACAGUUAACUUAGUUAUAGGAUAUCUAGCUGGCAAACAUUUGGUUGUGAAUUCCAUACUGUAACUAGACAGUGAGUGAUUCACACGGCUCUGGUUUCUCGUCGUUGUGUGCUUGGAAACGAACCCCACGUGAACGAUUAGUUACCGGAGUGUAACUCCAGUUCUAUGAGUGGAGCGGAGCCCCAUAGGGGAGCUCUGCUCCUAUUGGUUUACCCACUGCCCUAAGGCAGCAUCAGCCUGAGACAAAAUUAUGCACACACCUGCAGCCAAUAGGAGUACAGGUGUCCCUAUAAGAGGGGAUGCCUCCCCUCAAUCAGCCUCCCGAGAUAUUUAUCUUCAGCGAGACUAGAGAGGGUCGGCAGGGCCUUAAGUCCUAUUGGGCUCCGCUCCACUCAUAGAACUGGAGUUACACUCCGGUAACUAAUCGUUCUAUAUCGUGGAGCUCCGCCCCAUAGGGGAGCUCUGCUCUUAUUGGCUUAAGGCGGAGCGUAGCGCUCCAAAAUGUACUCCCUGCCGAGCCCAACACUUCCCAUCAAAAUGAAAAGGUCAGGCCUAGCAAUGGCUGCAACCAAUUCCCGCAGUACUGUAACCACUGUACCCAUACAGGCGUCACAAUAUACCACGUCAUCGGUUAAAGACCCGCCCCACCUAGUCCAAUGGCAACACCAAUGACUAGUGGGCAGAUCACCAGAAUACAGGCCAUACUAAUCUGAACUAGCAGAUAGAUGGUACCUCAGUAUCCUGUUACAAUACUACCGACCACUAAUGGAAUGACACAAAGUGUCACUCUACAUUGUGUACACGGUAGGCCGCCUCACUCAAUCAAUGGACCCCAGAGAUUAGUGGGCAGAUCCCAGAACAUGAUUCAUACUAAUCUGAACAAGCAGAUAGAUGACGUCACAUUCUGUCCAAAUGUCAUGACCGGUCUAAUAGUAUCGUAACCCAGGUUACUACUAUUAUCCCUCAUCAUCCCGCCUCACUCCAGUGAAACACUGGUGGGCAGAUCAAUACAUGACCUCUACUGUACUGAACCUGUCAGUCAGGAGUCAUGCCAAAAAUAUGUCCUUCUAUCGGAAGCGGACGUGAUAGAGACCCUGUCUCCACAGUCCUGCAUUCCUCUCCUCCUAGCUCAAAGUCUCCCUUCAGCCACGCUGAGUACAGACUGAGCCAAAGAGUUAGAAGACAUAUCCAAGAGAUAGAAACUGAUAAAUGGAGACGGUGUUGACCAUGACGCCGCUCUACAUAUAUCCUCUACCCCUGUUCCUCUGAAAAGGGCAGUAGAAGCUGCUACUCCACGAGUGGAGUGAGCUCUGAUACCCUGAGGCAACUGUCACCCUGCUGCCUCAUAAGCUGUCUCAAUGCUCUCACAGAGCCAAUGAGACAGACGCUGUUUCGAAAGUGGUCUACCUAGUGCAGCCGCACCAUGACACACAAACAGCUGAGGCGAUGACCUAAUCGCUGCUGUGCGCUCAACGUAACACGCCAAGGCGCAUACUGGGCACAGGCGAUGGAGCCUUUCUUCACUCCUCUCUCUAUGAGGAGGAGGAGAAAAAGCCCACAGCUCCACGGUCUGUGAUCUAUAUGAACUCCUAAUAACCUUCGGCACAAAUGCCGGGUUAGGACGUAACACCGCUCUGCUCAGAUCGCCAUUAAUGGCCAGGCAGUCGGGUCUUGUCGAAAGAGCACACAAAUCACUAACACGCUUAGCCGUAGUCAAAGCGAGCAACAGCGCUGUCUUCAAAGACAGCAUCUUGAGGGGUAUUUGAUUCAAUGGCUCGAACGGCGACUUACAUAGCGCUUCGAGUACCAAAGCCAAAUCCCACUGAGGAAGCGUGGCUCUAGGUGUUGGCCUAAGCCGCCGUGUUCCCAAUAAGAAACGUUUCACUAGAGGGUGGCUGAAGACAUUGUCUCUGCCAAACCCCUCGUGACAAGCUGAAAUCGCCGCUGCAAACACCUUAAUGGUGGCGGGCGAUCGCUGCUUGUCAAACAUAAGCUGUAGGAAAGAGAGAAUACUCUCAAUACUCCUUGUGUGACACACCAUUGUGAAAACACGUUCCAUCUACUGGCGUACAUCUUAGAAGUGGAACUGGCAUGUGAACCCUGUAUGGUCCUGAUCACCGCAUCAGAUAACCCACAGCGCUCUAGCCUGUCCCUCUCAGCAGCCAGGCCUUCAGUGGUUGGCCGAUUAUGGGCAACCGCCCUAUCGUGCCCCCCGCCUGAGACAACGCGUCCCGUCGAUGUGGAAUUGGCCAAGGUGGCGCAAUCAACAUCUGACUCAUCUCCGCAAACCAAGGAGCCCCUGGGCGAUCGGGGGCUACCAGUAUCACUGACAGCCCUCCUGAUCUCACCCUGGCUAACAGUGGGAGAAUGCAGGACAGCGGAGGGAAUGCAUACAGAAGAACUCUCGGCCACGGGUGAUGCGCAAAGGCGUCUCUUCCUAGUGGCGGUUCUUCCUGUUCCCUUAGAGAGAACCAUAGGGGACAUUGCGCGUUCACACGUGACGCGAAUAGAUCCACCUCGGCUCUCCCGAACUGUUCCCAAAUUUGGAGAACAAUGUCCGGAUGCAGACAUCACUCGUCGUCUCGAGGACCCCCUCUUGACAUGAGGUCUGCUCCUACGUUCAAGUAGCCCGGAAUGUGUGCUGCUCUCAAUGAGCGAAGGUGCUCGUGAGCCCACAGCCACAAUUCCUCUGCCGCCCGAUGGAGAGCAGGAGACCUGACUCCUCCCUGGCGAUUUAUGUGGGCUACUGUGGUCCGGUUGUCUGACCAGACCAGCACAUCGCGACCCCGAAGGGUAGACGCGAAGUGGGUCAAAACCAGUCGAACCGUUUCCAACUCCAAGAGGUUGAUGUGGCGACUCGAAGGAGGCCACACACCACCUAUCGCUUGGGUCUGACAUGUCCCUCCCCAUCCCAUCAGAGACGCAUCUGUGAACACUGGGAUGUAAGAGGACACUUUGCCUAUCGGGACUCCGUGCGUGAGAACGCGCGGGUUUCUCCAAUAGUUCAGAUCUGCACUGAGCGAGAGGGGAACCACCACCAACCGAUGACGUUGACGCAACGGGUCUAGUCUCAGUUGAGCGAACCAUCGCUGCAUCCUGCGCAUGUGCAGGAGUCCCAGCGGAACCACAGAGUGGGCUGACGACAUGAGACCCAAGAGUGACAUGAUCGACAGCGCCGUCACCGUGUGAUUCGGACGACACUUCCUCAGGGCUAGCAAUAAGGCUACCCUUCGGGGGUCCGAAAUUCGAGCCCUCAUCAUUACAGUGUCUAGCUGUAUCCCCAGGUAGACAAUCUGAUGACUGGGCCAGGGCGUGCUCUUUUUCCAAUUCACAGCGAACCCCAGACGUGUGAGAUGAAUCACUGUCUGUGUUGUGUGAGUGAUCGCCAGCUCUGCUGACGGGGCGAGAACCAGUAGGUCGUCUAGGUAGGCUAGUAGCCGUAUUCCCUGACGACGCAACGGUUCCAAUGCCGCCUCCACACACUUGGAAAACGUGCGAGGUGCCAGGCCGUACCCGAAUUUCAUCCUCGUGUAUUCGUACGCCACACCUUGAAAGGCGAAUCGCAGAAACUUCCUGUUACGUGGCUGUACCGGCACAUGAAAGUACGCGUCCUUUAGGUCUAUGCUCGUACAAAAGUCUCCUUUCUGGACACAUUCCAGCAGACGUUUUGUCGUUAGCAUUCGAAAGGGCCGUUUGGUUACGCUUUCGUUGAGAAUGCGUAAAUCCAAUAUUUUUUGGCACUAGGAAGUAGGGCGAAUAUAGCCCCUUGUUCCUUUGCUCCUGGGGAACCACUGUGACCGCCUCCUUCGCCAAAAGUUCUGUAAUCUCUGAAACCAGAGCGGCCACUUUUUCGGGCGUUUUCAUCACCGUCUCCACCACUCCCCUGAAUGGGGGUGGGGUCCGGUGGAAUUGGAGAGCAUAACCCUUCUGCAACGUCUGUUGUAGCCAGCGUGAGAGGGUGCAGCUUCGCUGCCACUGCCAGCAAUACAGAGAAAGCGGCCGAGCGCGAAGCUGUGGUACAUUCAGUAGGAAGGACCUGUAUUCCUCUAUGACCCUUGCCGCCGCUGUUCCCCAACACUGAGGUGGUGGAACAGCCCAAGGCGGGCCUCCCAAGAAAGGGAGAGGAAACAUUAGUGCGUUCUGAACCAAAAGGGGGGGCAGAAACGUCAGUUAAACCCGUAACCGUCGUAUUCCUGCCCUCCGUGAACGCAGCGCGGGUCUGAAUUGCACUGACCGAGGCCACAGCCUGCGACAGGGCACCAUCCCCAGCAAGCGAUUGCGUCAUCGUAGGUGACUGCAAACCGCUAUUAGAGCCACUCACUACAAUACUCCUCGAAGUCUGUAAUAUGAGGUCUCUAUGAGGUAACACAAGGCGGCGCCUUGAUACCGUCUUACCCUUCACCUUCUGUGUGUGUUCAACUCUGCACCUCUGGUGGGUUGAGUCACGCUCAGUGUGGUGAGUAUUAGCGCGUUCAACGGAAAGUGGGUGCGCCGAUACACUGGGCACCUUCGUGACCGUGGUAAUCGGGCCCUCCGUGAACGCAGCAUGGGUCUGAAUCGCACUAACCGAGACCUUAGUCUGCGAUAGUGCGCCAUCCCCAAAUAGCGGCUGCGUCAUCAUGUCUCCUGACUGAGACUGCAGCCUGCUAUGAGAGACACUCACUACAGUACUCCUUGGGGUCUGUAAUGUGAGGUCUCUUUGAGAUAAACCAAGACGGUGUCUUGGUAUCUUUCCUCCUUUCACCUCCUGUGUGCGCUCAGCUCUGCACCUCUGGUGGGCUGAACUACGCUCAGUGUGGUGAGUAUUAGCGCGUUCAACGGAAAGUGGGGGCGCCGAUACACUGGGCACCUUCGUGACCGUGGUAAUCGGGCCCUCCGUGAACGCAGCAUGGGUCUGAAUCGCACUAACCGAGACCUUAGUCUGUGAUAGUGCGCCAUCCCCAAAUAGCGACUGCGUCAUCAUGUCAGAGUCUGACAGAGACUGCCGUCUGCUAUGUGAAGCACUUCUUAUACCUGAAGUGUUAUGUGAACCUACUCUGAAUGCCUGUUCAGCAACGCACCCUUGGUGGGCUGAACGGCGCUUAGAGUGGUAAGGGAGAGAGGGUGAGAUUUGAACGCUCUCGGACGUAUUAUGGAAAAGGGGCUCUUUUUUGACAGUCAGGUGGAGCCAACUCUUUAUUAAACACAUCAACAAAAGCAUUUACAUCAUCACCCAUCCCUUCAACCGAAGGGUGGGGGGGAACAGUGGUCACGUUCAAGGAUGGCGUGUCCUCCAUUCACCCCCCCGCGUCCCGUCAUGUGCGCCUCCUCUUGUGGCCUCCCUUAGGGGCCCAGGUCGGCGCUCUCACCACCUCCCUCGCCGGCUGCAAUGGGGCCACCGUGGCUGCUGGGGGGGCUGGGCCCGCUCUCCUGCCUCCUGUGGCCGCCGACUGACGCCGGAUACGCCGCCUCGCUGUAGAUCCCUGUCUACUCUGGGGGGCGGAAGUGGAUGGUUUACGAGACGGUGCAGGGCCUAACCUCCCUGCCAGUGGCAGGUGUCUGGCCAGCUGCUUCUUUUCCUCGUCCAGUUUGGAAAACCUCUGUCGCCUCUUUGACGGCGACUCCAAAGAGCCCGUCGUCAGAGAGGGGGGCGUUCAACAGGGACGUUCUGUCUGCUUCCUUCAUGGUUGUCAGUGACAACCAGAGGUGUCGCUCCGCGACCACCGAGGUGGCCAUGGACCUCCCCGAGCAGACGGCCGAUGCCUGUGUUAGGUGUAGGAUGGCGCCAGAAAUUCUAGACGCCUCCUCCACCUCCUCUGGCUCCAGCUCUGUCUUACCCGUGGUUAAACGGGACAGAGCGGCUGCCAAGAGGGCAAUGUUGUUAGCUGCUGCUACAGCUUGGGCUCCCAAAUUGAAGGACUUCUCUAACAGCUGUGCUGUGAGACGGUCCUUCUGAGAUGGCAACGUGGCUUUCUUGGAAGAGGGCCAGGGACUCGAACCCGGUACGAGAUACGCCGCCAUGGCGCUCUCUAACCUGGGGAUUCCCUUAGCUUGGCCCUGGAACCUUCCCUCCACUCUAGUGAAUGGGAGGUACGUUUAAGCCGGCGAACGCGCCGCUAAAGGUGCCUCCCAUGAGCCCUCGACGUAUUUCGCCAAUGAAGGCAUGGCAGGAGCUAAAGGCUCUGCCGCUCUUCUUGGCCUGGAAUAGGGGCCGCCCUCCAUUAAGUCAACCUCCGGUGCGGAGGGAAUAGGGGGCAGCGGUAUUUCCAGCCGUCUAGCAGCUCUCUCAAUGAGACCCGGAAAGUCCGUUCUCAGAGACGUUGCGGUGAAGGACAGGGCUUCUGACUUCUCAGGGCCCGUGUCGUCAUCACCAUAGGAACUACAAGCCCUCUCUCUAACCAAAGGAAAGGGAGGCUUGAAUGUAUGAGGGACGGGGUCUGACUGUUCCAUUGGAAUGUCAGCCUCCUCCUCAUAGUCCCCAUCAUCCCCUGAGUCUGCGCCGUCGGAUGACGCCUCUGAAGCAGAGGCUAGUAUCGACAGCACGUCCUCUAGGGGGAUAUCCUCCCUAAAAAACGCCCAACGCUGCUUCCUCUCCUUUUUAGAAAGGAGGGCGCAGGAGGCGCAGUUAGGGGGACUGCAGACGCCCUCUUUGGCAUGCUGGGACCCUAGACACACGAAACAUAAGUCGUGGGAGUCGCCGGCCGCCAUGGAGGAGCAUCUGCAUUGAGCUCUGAAAAGAGCUUUUGGGGGUGGAAAAUCUCCUGGUGUGCUCAUUUUAGGACGACGUCGAUGACUGGAAAUUCGACGGCGUUCUCGUCCUGAGUCUUCUCUUCUUUUCUUCGUCUCUUCUUGGCUUCUUCAGUCUAGUCCAGUCGCUGAAGAUAAAGGGAGGCUGAUUGAGGGGAGGCAUCCCCUCUUAUAGGGACACCUGUACUCCUAUUGGCUGCAGGUGUGUGCAUAAUUUUGUCUCAGGCUGAUGCUGCCUUAGGGCAGUGGGUAAACCAAUAGGAGCAGAGCUCCCCUAUGGGGCGGAGCUCCACUAUAUAGAACGGGGACUACUGGUAAACUUCAUAAUGAAAAAUUAUGUGACAGGAGAAAUGAUGAAAGGCAAUCUUCUUGAUCUCCUAAUGUAUUCCACAAGUUGACUGCAGGUAUUUACUUAAAACUUAGCUACAAAUUACUUUAUUUGUAUUUUUAGGAAAUUGUUUCAACGGUAUUGAAAAAACAUCCUGUGGCUAUUUCUAAAAUACCCCGGUAUAUGUUAUAUGGUAUACUGCCAAAGCCUAUUAGCUAGUUAGUUACUGGCUAGCUAGCUAGAGAUGUUACAGCAACCCACAAUCAGAUUUAUUUUCCUGUUGCACAAAGUUAGCUUUUUGGGUGGCAUAGACGGCUUUUAACAGAAUAGACCGCUAUUGCUAGGCCUUCAGACACUGAGUGAAAAACGGAUAGCUAGAUAGCAGAUUAGCUAGACAAAUAACACAUUCACGUUACCUGAAGUGAAAUGUAGCCAGACCUUCAUCGCAGUGAUCAACGCAUGUAGUCCUGUUUUAAAAACGAACAAAAAAUAACAACACAGCACUCGACCCUUAGCCUCCCACCUCUAGUAGCUAAAUUGUUCGUAUUGUUUUAGCUUUCCGGCAGACUAAACGCUUUGUGGCGUAUUGCUAACUUUCACAGGUUGGAGUGCCAAUGACACAUUUGGGACAGGGGAAGGGGAGCUAGCUACAACCACUGGCUAUAACUUGAUGAUGGCGUUCUCUACAAUCAAAACAAAAAAACUUGCGCCAUGCAACAGGUGGUCAUGGGCCAAGAUUCAAUAAUCAACAGUUCUAGAAUUUGGCAAAAAAGGUCUAUAGGAAGACCGUAUAUCCUUGAGGAGCUAUGUGCCAGUAUUCAGUUAGCCACAGCAUUAAAAAGAGUAAAGCUGAGGCCAGGACCCUGAUCACCAUCCAUUGUUUGGUCUGUGCUGAGCUCAGCAGAUGUUGCAAUGCAUGACUGGAUUCCUGUUGUAAUCCCAUUCUUCCUCUCCCCCCUCCUUCCCCCCCACUUUCUCUGCAUGAGCAGGCAUGGACCGCAGCAAUGUGAACAUCAACUGUACUGUAUAUCCUGUACCUUACAUUCUCCUCCCUCACGGUGAUGCUCUGUCUGUGUCUCUAAUAACAGCCUGUAGUACAGACAGAGACUGUUACAGUAAAAUACAGUGACUGAACGCCCUGCUACAUGUGAUGUCUGUCUGCUGUUUGUCUGUGUGUCUGUCUCAGGUGGAGGAGAUGGUCCAGAAUCACAUGACUUACUCCCUGCAGGACAUGGGUGGAGACGCCAACUGGCAGCUGGUGGUGGAGGAGGGUGAGAUGAAGGUGAGGAUGAGGAUAUAGAAGACCAUACCUAGAUACUACAAUAGACACACUGUCCCCUGCAUGCCUAGUAUAGAACACUAUACCUACAGUGAUGAGGUUAACAUGCUCUGCUCACUGUAAACAGUGAAGUGUGUAUGGAUCCAAUAUGGCUACUGUCAGUGUGUAUAGGUCCAAUAUGGGUCGAUAAUGGCUAAUGUAUGUGACUGUGUGCUAUCUCAGGUGUACAGGAGAGAGGUGGAGGAGAACGGCAUCGUCCUGGACCCUCUGAAAGCCACCCAUGCAGUGAAGGGUGUGACGGGACACGAGUUGUGCCACUACUUCUGGGACACGGAUGUACGCAACGACUGGGAGAGUGAGUAUCUUCAUCCAUCAUCAGAUUAUCUUCUUAGACUAGUGUCAUCUUUUUAUUUUGUUACUUUGCACACCAUUUUUUAAAACAUUUUUUGUCAUUUAGCAGACGCUCUUAUCCAGAGCGACUUACAGUUAGUGAGUGCAGACAUUUUUCAUACUGGCCCCCCGUGGGAUUCGAACCCACAACCCUGGCGUUGCAAGCGCCAUGCUCUACCAACUGAGCUACAGGAGGGCUCAAUGUCUUGAAUUGUUGUUGAUUUGUCUAGUCUUGGUCUGCUUCUCUUCCAGCCACCAUUGAAAACUUCAACGUGGUGGAGACGCUCUCAGACAAUGCUGUUAUAGUCUACCAGACACACAAGGUAAUCAUAUCUCUGGAGUUCUUCAGGUUCACCCUAGUCUGUCAGGCUCUCGUACAUGUGGGUUGUCUUUGGCUGACAGCCAAUGGUUGUGUUUCAGAGAGUAUGGCCCGCCUCUCAGAGGGACGUCCUCUACCUAUCAGCUAUCAGGAAGAUCCUGGCGACCAAUGAGAAUGACCCAGACACGUGGCUGGUCUGCAACUUCUCUGUGGAUCACGACAACGCCCAGGUGAGUUCCACAGACACACAAAGAGCUUAUUGCCAUACAUGCUCUUAACAUCUGACAGCAUAGAGCUAGGGAUCUAUCAAACUCUUAGAAUUGGAAGGGGGGGGGGGGGGGGGGGGGGGGGGGGGGGGGCUACUGCUCUCCUCUUACCUUUUCAUCAACUUUCUUACUUUCUGUAGCCCACCAACCGGUGUAUCCGUGCCAAAAUCAACGUGGCCAUGAUCUGCCAGACCCUGGUGAGCCCUCCAGAGGGCAACAAAGAGAUCAGCAGAGACAACGUCCUCUGUAAGAUCACCUACGUGGCCAACGGUGAGUACAGCAGCUCAAGUCCUCUUUCAUGUCCCCACUAGGUGGGGAGUUCAUGGUUGUCAUAUGAGCCUGGUCAAGUUUAUCCACCAACAUGUCUUUUUUCUUUUCUGUUUUCUUCUAUGUUCCAUAUUGGACCAUGUACAAAGCUGCUCUGGUAUUUGGAGCUUUAUGGCAGAGCUUUGUGUGGGUGGAGAAUGAAAGUUAAAUGUUGAUGAAUGGUUUGGUAUAGUGAUUCUAUCACACCAUGUAGGCUCACUGUUUGUAUGUGUGUGUGUAUAUAUUGACUGAGUGGUUGUUUUUCCCUAGUGAAUCCUGGAGGCUGGGCCCCUGCCUCAGUCCUCAGAGCCGUGGCCAAGAGGGAGUACCCCAAGUUCCUCAAACGCUUCACCGGCUAUGUCCAGGAGAAGACCAGUGGAAAACCCAUCCUCUUUUAAACCUGUACAGGUAACCGCUAACAAACAAACUCUUAAAGGCUCUGCAUGGUCAAUCCGACAUCUGCAGUGGCCGUACAGCAUUUACUGCGAUACGGCCUUGGUAGAAGUCAGGGCAUUCAUACUAUUUGCGCUUCGCAGAGCUGUUGUCAAGGAAGUGAGUGUGUUUAUACAGGACCUCCCGCCCCCACCUACCUUCAACCAAUCAUGUCAAUGCGGAGCUAUACGGAGCCCUCCGCAUUGUUACAUAAAUUGGGAGAUGCACAGCAUCGCUGUACAGAGCUUGAUUUGGCCUCUGGAGGCUCUGCAAUUGCGUUACAGCCUCCAUACGGCGCCUCCAGACCAUAGACAUUUAAUUACACUCUACCACACAAGUACAGUUAAUAAAUCAGAUUUAGUGGAGUAUCAUUGUGUGCCAUAUAAGAGUUGUGUUAUUUUUGGUAACUUUCCAUCUCCUCUUCUCUCAGGCAGAACACAUUUUGUCCUGAAGAGACAUGGCUACAUUUCCCAUCAUUUAAGGGGCUCCCACAGACUACAUUACCCAUUCAUCUGUCAACCAGAAUGUCUCCACAAACUAUAUUACCCAUGAUUCCACUGUCCAAAAUGUCCCAGAUGAAAUAUCCGUAUCAAAUGAGUAGACUGGUUUAGGGCUUUAUUCUAUCAGUAGUUGCUAGCCACCUGAGCCACAAAAACAACCAACAUCGUCAAGCUGUCCGUGGAUAUGUAUUUGUAUAUAAAUUCAAGAAUUUCUAUGCCGAUUUUUGAAUCACCUGAACCAAUUUUUUGCUUUUUGUAAAUUGUUUUAUACAUUUCCAAUUAUUGCAUAAUUUUUGACUAUACUUUUUUGUUUUCUUUAACCACUGAUUGUUUUCAUGCUGCUAAUUUUACUACAAAAAAAGAAUGAAAGUAGACAGACUGAGAGCAGUGUGUUGAGGCAGAGUAUGGCUAGCCUUCGUCUUGUCCUCUCCUAGUGACGACCUGUCCUGGAGUCUGAUGGGGGGGGGAGAGUCUAAAGCUCUGUACACUCUUUUUGGCUAAAAUCUCUAUAUUUGUAGAUCAUUAUACAGUAGCUGUAAAGGAACACUAUGGAUGUGAUGUAUUGUACAGACAAUUUGUUUACCAGUGUAUGUAAUGUAAAUGGACUGUUAAGGGGUUGAAAGUAAAGGGGGUUGGCGAAUUGGAAGAACUACAUAACUAGUCUCUAUUUUCAAAGUAAGGUGAUCUUUAUGACAACGAACUGAAUUUAUGGUAUAGAUGGAUAAGAUUGAAGUCAUUUGUUGAAUGUGACCCAUAAACACUAAGGAAUCAAGUGUUGAUGUUGAGUUUGCCCCCCACACACUCACCAUGUUAUGUACACGUAACAUACAGCUGAUGUACAGUCUACCACAGCAUUGGGUGUUCAGAUGGACCUCUUCAUUGGCUUCAAAGGCAUUUAGGACAGAGGAGAUGGGGUUGUUGGGAUGGACAUUUUUUUUCUUCACAUCCGAACACUGACCUGUCAUCUCCCUCCCUUGUUAACCGGUCAUAAUGCCUUAGACACCAGGACAAACCCACAGUCGUCUAUCUGCUACAGUAUCAUAUGACCAGAUGUGCGUUUUAAAAUGAGAUGCUACACUGGGACUGAGGGUCAGCAUUUCACAUGAUUUACCUCAUUUCUAUUUCAGUUUACUUUAAUUUAAAGUUGUGAUUUUGCAAUCGCCAAGUCUAAGGCUGAGGUUAGAAUCCUCCAAUCAGCUUCUCAGCUUGAGGGGUCGUAGGCCAGAGAAUCCAUGGGGAAACAACAUUGCCAUGACGAUCAGAGGAGUGACUUCUAAUGAGGAACUGAAGAAUGCAUUUAGCCUUUAAUUUUGUCUGAGGAAUUGACACGCUUUGUAUAUUUAAGUUGUACGUCUGAAGUGUUAUCAUUUGCUCUAAAUGUAAUGCAAUUGGACAAUGUUCUGUAAAUUAAAGUUGUUACACUACAGAAAUUAGGACUUGAAUUUGUACUUAGUCAUUACUCUACAGCAAUGAGCUGCAGUUUUGUGUGGAUGAUGUGGCAGUGUACUGGAAGGGAAAGGGGGAUACCUAGUCAGUUGUACAACUGAAAUGUGUUUUCCGCAUUUAACCCAACCCCUCUGAAUCAGAGAGGUGCGGGGGGCUGCCUUAAUCGACAUCCACUUCUUCGGCGCACGGGGAACAGUGGGUUAACUGCCUUGCUCAGGGGCAGAACGACAGAUUUUUACCUUGUCAGCUCGGGGAUUCGAUCAAGCAACCUUUCGACCUUCACGCAAAGUUAACCCUCUUUUUCUCUUGUUUUCAUUCAAAGACAACCCUCUUCUACAUGACAACAAUGUAUCUGACUUGAGGGAAAUGUAGGGAAAGGAGAGAUACUGCCAUGAGGUAAAAAAAAAAAAAAGCUUCAAUUGCAACUUAUAUUCGUGAGUUUUUUUGCGGCCUUUCUUUGUAAAGAGAAACAAGUGGAAUGCAUUUUUAUUUAUUUAUAGGAGUCUUCUAUAUAUAAACACACAGUCUUUACAUUCAGUGAUUAAAAUAUUUAUCUUCAGCAAACUAUAUUUGAGAUUUGUAAUAAAUUAUGGUCUCAACUGACAGGUGUGAUCACAGAAUUCAGAGUUUGAGGUGUCAUAUAGAUCUUCUCAGUCUAAAAUGGAGGUGAACUACUGGUUAGUUAGCAAUACGGAGGACACACUCAUUCUUCAGUAUCAAAGGAUAUCCUGAGAAAAUCUUCAGUCGUGACACCCCUCCCUAUAAAAUUAGUCUCUGUGCAUCAAGAAAUCUACCAUAGUCCUUGUCUGUGCACAUGUACUUAGCAAUGACAUACAUAGGUGUGCAUAAUGUAAAACUGUGUUUAGGUUUGGCGACCCACCUAAACACAACGUUCGAGGAAAAAUAGUUCUUACAGUAAUCAUAACUAACAUCCAAAGUGAGCGAGUGUAUAUCACCAUCCUUCUGCUCUGUGCUUCCUCCUCCAUGGAGCUGGAGAUCCAAGAACACUGACCGGGUCUCCUCUUCUCAGGUCAACAGCAGCACUUAACCUGCUGCCUUAAAACUGCUCCUUUAACUUUAGUCCUGUCUGAUUGGAAUGAAUAGCAAGGUGUUGGCUGGUUUGCUAUUUUCAACAUACCAGCCAAUGUCUUUAGAGGUUGGCCUUGGCAGUUUCAGAAUGAAUAUUUUAUCUGUUCUUUUUACAGCGUAAUACGAGUCCAGGCUCAUCCAUAUUGGCCUUGUGUUUUCCAUGUGGCCUUGUGUUUUCCAUGUCACCGUUACACUUCUGCAAUGGCCAAGAUGUCACUAAAUGUUCAUUAUCCAACCAGCUACUACAAAGCAAGUGCAAUAACUUCUGGUCAGCAGGAAAAUGAAAACAACAUGAAUGUAUAUUUCUAUUUUCUAUAUAUGCUUUUUCUGUAUGUAUAUAUUACUUUAUAGGCCAUGAAACAAAUUAUAUUCUACAAAAAGAAAAUAUGAGGGACUUCACUGACAUGCUCUAACAAGCAUCACUCAGUUAGGGCUGAAAUUGAUCACAUGAAUUAUGGAAUGUCAUGUAAUUCCAAUGGAUGUCCAUCAUUGUGAUUUUAUUGGUGUCUUGUUUUAGUUCAUCAGCUGUGAGCAUCCCAGUCCUCUGUGUUUGGCAGAGUGGAUUUAGCAGCGCUGGGGUCGGAGUCAAUGGAGCCCUGUCCAAUGGAGUGUAGCGAUUGUCAGAUGAUUGACAAAAGUAAGAUGGUGGAAAAGGUAGUCUGUAAGCCUCCCCUUUCACUGAAACACAGAAGAGAGUGCAGUGUGAGUAAAUACUACAAAUACAGCUUAUUAUAUCCACUUGACAGACCUGCUCCUACAGGAGGGGUGUGCUAGUCAGAGCCCUAUGGGCCCUGGUCAAAAGUUGUGCACUAUAUAGGGAAUUGUAUGGGAAGAGCAGUCGAUUGACUGACCAGGGUCAACUACACCAACGUCUCUCUAAUAAAAAGCCUGCCAAGAUAAUUAAAAGCAUCACUUAUCCCAUUCUUCAGUUAUGAUGCCAGCGUGAGACAGAACUUGCUUAGGUAGGGAAGAACAGGAAUUUGAACACUUCAGUGCAUUUACUGUUUUCCAAAAUUUAGAAGGAUCACCAGCUGAGUCAGAGAGAGCUUAAAAAGUAGUUUGAUUUAGCUUUUUUAAUCGAGAUAGUACAACUGUUUCUCAAUUGUCUGAAAGAUUGCCAGUCCACUACAGAGUCAGUUUUCCUUGAUUUGGCCCAAGCCUGAUUUCUCAUCUGAAUGAGCUCAGAUAACUGAAGAAAACCAAGAAUUCCAUCUACAUUACCUUUGACUGCAUUGUUUAAAAGGGGCGUGUUAAUCUUACAGAUGAAUAAAUAUGGAGGAUACAUUUUCUAGAGCCAACUCAGGGUCAGGAAUACAGGAGACAGUGGCUAAAUUAGAGUAGAACAUGUCAUGUAAAAACCCUUCAGCAGAAAAUGUUUUAAAAUGUAUCUUCUUAUCGGGAAUAGGGUGUUGACCAGAGCCCUAUGGGCCCUGGUCAAAAGUAGUGCACUAUGUAGGGAAUAGGGUGUAAUUUGGGACACCCCCCGUGAGUGAGUACUCACUAAGUAGACAUCGAGCACUGAGCCAUUGUCCCGGUCCAUGUCCACCUCUACAUCCAUGGUGCUCUGCUCUGACGUCAAACAGAUGGCGCUGUCCUCAAGGGUGAAUGUUGAGCUGGACGCCAUGUCAUCUCUGAGGGGACACAGGAGAACAAGAAACACACAUAAGUAGAUAUACAAAAUGUGUCCCAAAUGGCACCCUAUUCCCUACAUAGUGCACUUAUUUUGACCAUAGUGCACUACUAACUGCAUGGCAAAUUAAAGAAUCCAACAUGAAAAAGACAGCCAGAUGAAACCCCCUUCGAGUAAACAGAGAGGGAAACCAGUCUGGCUGUGUGUGUCUGAUGUCUGGCUGUAGACUAGAGGUCUCUAUGGGAAGUUAAUAUCUAAAAACUUACAAACAGGAUAUAAGCUAAUUCAGGGAAGGGAAUUCUGGGACAUUCUGUUUUAUGUGGAACUCCUUUACUGGACUAAAACACUGCAUCGUGUGAACAGCAGGGGGCACUGGGGGCUGGCGUACAUCUGAAACAGGCCAUUUCCUUGAUGCAUGUCAGCUGUCUCCUGACUUUGCUUAAAUUCAAGAAUGUGUUUACCAUUUUAUGGCAUGUUAUUGCCUACCCCUCUUAAAAGGUGACAUGCAUGCAUGCACACACACACACCUUAGAAAAGGGAUUAUCUACAUACACAGAACAAGUCACCCUGGCAGCAAAUUACACUCUUCUAACAAUGCCUCUUAAUCAGACCUUCUGAAAGCCUUCAGUCAAAUAUUAAUGAAACACAUUGAUAGACGAAUCGAGGGCAACAGACAGGUGCCCGAGAAGGGAACAAGACCAGGCAGGCCUCACAAUGGAGGCUAACAGUUAGGGUUAGAACCUGAUCCUACUGAACAGACAGACAGAGAGAGAGCUGGGGGGAGAGAUGAGAGGAAAAUAAACAGUUCUUUCUAGAGGGAGGUUAGAAUUUAAAGUCCAUGGUUUAUGGACUGCACACUGCAUCUGAACUGGAUGUCGGUUGAGCACUGUGAAUAAAUGUCCAGUGAGGGCUUUCCUGGCUCUUCCUGGGUAUCUAUCUCUAGUGUAUAACAUGCUGUCACAAAGCCUGAGGACUCUGAGUAACCUGUUCCAUGUGGCUUGUCAUCACAACAGGUAGCUCAGUGAUUUCACCGGUUAUUAUUUACUUUCUACUCUCCACCCUUGCACUCUCCCCUCAGGGGAAUCCCUAUGGCAGGCAGGGCUGAUCAACUCAGGGGCCCUGCUGGUGAUCUGA